AUGCAUAUCCUCUAUCUUUUCUUUCUGUUCCUCUCGACCUGUCUCGCCGCCGACACCGUAAAUCUUGAGGGACUGUUCUCCAUUGUCGAGGACUACUUCGGCGAGACCGCGAUAUCCUCUCCCGCUGCCAAUUCAACCACCGUACGCGUUGGUUUCGACAGGGUAGACCAACGCCUGCACAAAGAUUGGCUCUUCACCAAGGUCGAUUCUAACCGUUCGUGGUACACUAUCGAACACCCGGUAGCCGACGGUUUUAUCCAUUUCCCAGAGAUCAAGGCCGGCGCACAGGCGGUCGUCACCCCAACCGCGUCAUCUUUUUUCGAGGUGAUUGCCAGGUCUAAUGCACGUUUCACCAUCCAGCCGGUCGAGCAACCAGAUCCAAACAAUCCGCUGUACUGGUAUGUUGGGGAGUUCAGGAGCGGGGAGGAGAGAGUGCUGAGGCUCAAGAGCGGUCGUCAUGAUCCUGGCUUCAGUCUCAUUCCGCACAACUCCGGUUGA